AUGUGUCGUUUCAUCUACAGUCUCGCAGCCUGCGGGCACGGGUUUAUAACCGGUAAGCAGAAACGCGAACAGCAUCUAGCCUGGGAGGCAGAAUCGAGUCGAGGAAGUGCUCCCCCUCCUGCAUGUUCUACUCCUGAAGCCGAUCUUCACGAUGUGCAAACCUACGAGGGCAACUGUUACGAUGGCAAGCAGAAGUUUAGCAAGAACUUUGGUCUGGAUAUGGUAGAACUUCGCGAGGAAGCCAUUCUCAUCAAGCGCGACAUGAACAAGGCAAUCCUAGCUGCUGAUGAUGUGUAUACUGGAAAGCAGAGAUAUGAGAUCUUGAAGCGGUUCGAGCUCUACAACCAGGCUUUCGAAAUGAUGUUUGAGGACGCUGAGCAUGCACUCCAGAGUGCUCAGGAAGGGCUUAUUCGCGUUCAGGGAGAAGUUGAUGGUGCUAAGAAGGAAGCUGCUGAAUGGAAGAAGUAUGCGCGCCUCUUGAAAGUUGACGAAUAA